UCCUUCCCAUUUCAGGCCACUGCAAUCUGCCACCUAUCUUCACGCAGGACAUGAACAACCUGGCACUGUCGGAGUCCACUCCGGUCGGCAGUGUCGUCUACCGGUUGGAGGGUUACGACCCCGAGGGCGGUAACGUUUCGUUCGGGCUGCUUGGUUCGGAUAACUUCCUGGUGGAUCCUAUCAGCGGUGACGUGAAGGUGAUAAAACCAUUGGACCGUGAGGCUCAGGACACUCUAUCCUUUUCGGUAUCCAUCAAGGAUCGCGUCAGCUCCACCGGAAUCGAUUCCGAGAACGACAAUAUUGUAAACGUGCCGAUCACGAUAAUCGUCCUGGACGAGAAUGACAAUCCGCCGGAAUUUCAAAACGUUCCCUACGAAACGGAAGUGCUGGAGAAUGCUCUGCCCGGUACCACCGUCUUCGGUGCGAUUCUCGUGAUGGACAAGGACACGGUCGGCGAGAAUCUGGACGUGACUUGCAUUCCCCAGCCGCAGAAUCCGGAUGCCUGCGAGAAGUUCUCCGUCGAAAUUACGGAAAGCAGGCAGGACAAACUGACCGCUGUGGUCGUGCUGAAUGGGCGGUUGGACUACAACGAGCGGAUGAUCUAUCAAAUUUUGCUGGAAGCCACCGAUGGAAUGUUCAACGCGUCCGCCGGGUUGGAGAUUCAUGUGAAAGACGUGCAGAAUAGUCCACCGGUGUUUCAGGGGUCGCUAGCCGCAGUCAUCAAUGAAGAUAGCCCGAUCGGGACGCUGGUGAUGACCAUCCAUGCUAGAGACGGUGAUCGAGGUCAGCCGAGGAAAAUUGUCUACGAAUUAGUUACUAAUCCAAUGGAUUACUUCCUGCUCGAUCGUCAAACGGGGGAACUUCGCACGGCGAAACCGUUGGAUAAAGAGGCGCUACCGGAUGACACUGGAUUAAUAAUUUUGACGGUCAAAGCUCGCGAAUUAAUAGACGGAAUCCCGGGAAAUGAUAAUCUAACAGUGGCCAGCACACAGGCGUCGAUUACGAUUCGGGACGUUAACGAUUCGCCUCCGAUGUUCAAUAAGAAGGAAUAUUUUGUGUCGAUGUCGGAAAACACAGCACCGGGAACCCCACUGCCGAUCGAAAUGAGUGUUCACGAUCCGGAUGUGGGCGAGAAUGCCGUGUUUUCUCUACGAUUAAAUGACGUUUCCGAGGUUUUUGAUGUUGAACCAAAGCUGGUGAUGGGUUCUUCUCAAAUUAGCAUUCGAGUGGCGAAUGGCUCGUUGGAUUACGAAAAUCCAAAUCAGAGAAAGUUUAUUGUGCUGGUCAUUGCCGAGGAAACGAAAACUAAUCCAAAGCUUUCGUCAACGGCAACACUGACAGUGUCCAUCACAGACUCAAAUGACAAUAGGCCAAUUUUCGAACAGGACUCAUACUCAACGACUGUUUCGGAAAGCGCCAAUCCAGGCCAUUUGAUAACGACGAUAAUUGCUAGAGAUCUAGACUCGGGUCAUUUUGGAGAUCAGGGUAUACGGUACUCGCUGUCGGGAACUGGUGCUGAAUUGUUCCACGUAGAUCCAAUAACAGGUGCUAUAACUGUCGCUGAUUGUCCUGCAACGGAAAGUUCUCAGAGCAGGCGGAAAAGGCAGCUGCCUAGCUCAGCGGAAUUAACUAUGGAUUAUCCGGCAAUGAACCAGUUUAAUGUUUCCACGGACGGGCGAUCUGGGUUGCUAGAUCGUGAGGAUGAAUACAUGGCGUACAGGAUUUUCAACGGCGGUGAAUCCAAUGAGUUUAAAGACGUAAACGUUAUCGCUCCUCCGACGGUUUCCAGUUGGGAAAUUUCUAGCUCGGAAGAGAGUGAAACAACAACAAACUGGUACACCGACGGUAGUAAAUCAAGGGAAGACAACACACCCGUACCUACCUUCACCGUACAGUCCAACGGAAUCCUGCCCCAUUCUGAAGCCGGUCCCGGGAAAGCACCCUGUUUGGAUUACGAAAAUCAAUCCGUGUAUUAUUUGUCGUACAAAGCUACCGACGAUGAAGGCCGCGGGCAAACAUCGGUUGUUUCGCUUCGGAUUACUCUGCUGGAUGCCAAUGAUUCCCCACCGGUGUGCGAGAGUCCACUGUACCGGGCUUCGGUGGACGAGGGGGCCACCUUGUUCGAACCCCCGCUUGUCAUCAAAGCGCGUGAUCCGGACGUCGUUUCGGAAAUCAACUAUCGAAUAAUUGGCAAUGAAGCGGUUACGCACCAUUUCGAAAUCGACAAACGAACCGGCCAGUUGACCAUCUCCAAGAGCACCGUUCUGGAUGUGAACCAUUUGAGGUCGGAAAAUGUGUAUUUUGCUGUUGAGGCAAGCGAUGGCCUCUUUACGACACUGUGUAACGUUAACAUCACCAUCCGAGACGUGAACAACCAUGCACCGCAGUUCGCCCGGGAACACAAUCUGGCGUCGAUCGAGGAGAAUUUCCCGAUUGGCACCAAAGUCGAACGUUUACAGGCAAUCGAUUUGGAUACGGGAAUCAACGCUGAGAUCAGGUAAAUAUAGAUUUACUACCAU